AUGACUCACUUACAGGCUGGCCUGUCUCCUGAGACACUGGAAAAAGCUCGUUUGGAGCUAAAUGAGAACCCAGAUACCUUGCACCAGGAUAUUCAGGAGGUAAGAGACAUGGUUAUUACUAGACCAGAUAUUGGUUUCCUCAGGACAGAUGAUGCCUUCAUCUUGAGGUUCUUGAGGGCGAGGAAAUUUAACCACUUUGAGGCUUUCCGCUUACUGGCGCAAUACUUUGAGUACCGACAACAAAAUCUGGAUAUGUUCAAGAACUUCAAGGCCACUGAUCCAGGUAUUAAGCAAGGGCUCAAGGAUGGAUUCCCAGGAGUACUCUCUAAUCUUGACCACUUUGGCAGGAAGAUACUGGUAUUAUUUGCUGCUAACUGGGACCAGAGCAGAUAUACACUUGUAGAUAUUCUGCGUGCCAUAUUGCUAUCUUUGGAAGCGAUGAUAGAAGAUCCAGAACUCCAGGUGAACGGAUUUGUAUUGAUUAUAGACUGGAGCAACUUUACUUUCAAACAGGCCUCAAAGUUGACCCCCAGCAUGCUGAGACUAGCAAUAGAAGGACUUCAGGAUAGUUUUCCAGCUCGGUUUGGAGGAAUCCAUUUUGUCAAUCAACCUUGGUACAUUCAUGCCCUGUACACAGUCAUAAGACCCUUUUUGAAGGAAAAGACACGAAAAAGGAUAUUUUUACAUGGUAAUAACCUCAAUAGCUUGCAUCAGCUGAUCCACCCAGAGAUUUUGCCUUCUGAGUUUGGAGGAAUGUUACCACCGUAUGACAUGGGAACGUGGGCGAGAACACUCUUGGACCAUGAAUAUGAUGAUGAAAAUGAGUACAAUGUAGACUCAUAUAGUAUGCCAACAAAAGUAGAUAUGGAAAAGGAUUUGUCUCCUAAAACCAUGAAAAGAUCUCAAUCAGUAGUGGAUCCUGGGGUGUUGAAACACAAUGACAAAAACGAAGACGAUAACACGCAGCAGCCCUUACUAUCUCUUGAUUAG